CUGCCCUUCCGGCUUUCGCUUUCGCGGCUCGCCAUCCAUCGCCCGCCAUACCCCUCCAGCGGGCACAGGCCGCAGCGAGUAGCUAGCGGCGGCCCUGCCCAGUUCUCGGUCUCGGCUUUGCCGAAAGAAAGGCACCCGGAACCCGACGACAGCGGCGGCAGUCGAGUCCGGGGCAAAGCGGUAGGGGGAUGAGGAGGGUGGAAAGGCGGGCGGGAUAAAAAGGCGGGGGGUGGAGAGGAGGAGGGGGGAGCCGGGGAAGGCUACAGCGGCGCCAGGCGGGCCAGCAGCAGAGCGCAGCGCACCGCGGGAUAGCAGGAGGACCGCCGCUCGGAAAGUGCGGAGCCGUUUCGUCUCCCCCCUCUAGCUACCUCUUCCAGGGCUUGCCUCCGCCCGUCCACUCGCCCACGCCUCGCGCUCCAGGGGGAGGUGAGUCUCGAUCGCUGCUGCUGCUGGUGGUGGUAGCGCGCGCUAGCCCCGAUAAGAGAGGGACGAACGAAGCCCCGCGUGCUUGAUCGAUCGCCCUCUCGCGCCAUGUCGUCCGCCGCGGGCGGGUACGGCGGCGGGACGGGGAGCGGCGCCGAGCCCCACUGCCACGGCCACGGCCACGGCCACGGCGACUUCCUGCUGCACCACCAUGCACAGCACGUGGCCGCCGCGCAGCAGCUCUACCACGUGCCGCAGCACAGCCGCCGCGAGAAGCUGCGGUACCCGCAGGACGACGGCUCGCCCCCGCACGCCCCCGCUCCCGCCCCGCACCAGCACUGGCCGCCGCCCCCGCCCCCGCCGGGGUUCUACUCCUACGCGUCCUCCUCCACGUCCUCCUACUCCCCGCACAGCCCCAAGGGGCUGCCGCACGUCGCGGCGCACGGCCACGGCCCCGCCCCGCCGCUCGCGGCGCAGAUCCCGACGCAGAACUUCGCGCUCUCGCUCUCCUCGUCCUCCAACCCGCCGCCGCCGGUCCCGCAGCAGCAGCAGCAGCCCAGGAGGCCGCACCCGCACGGCGCCCCCGCGGGGCCCUUCGGGCCCUUCACCGGCUACGCGGCGGUCCUCGGCCGCUCCCGGUUCCUCGCCCCCGCGGAGAAGCUGCUCGAGGAGAUCUGCGACGUGGGGCGCGCGGCCCCGCACGUGGACCGGACCGCCUCCGACGAGGCCCUGCUCGACGCGGAUCCGAUGGAGGGCAUCGAUCACGACAUGGACGGCGCCGCCUCCGACGCCGGGCCCAUCUCCGGCGCCGAGCAGCAGUGGAAGAAGACCAGGCUCAUCUCCAUGAUGGAAGAGGUCUGCAAGAGGUACCGCCUGUACUACCAGCAGGUCCAGACUGUCAUCAACUCGUCCGAGACGGUCGCCGGGUUCAGCAACGCUGCCCCGUUCGCCGCGAUGGCGCUGAGGGCCAUGGCGAAGCACUUCAAGUGCCUCAAGGGCAUGAUACUGAGCCAGCUGCGGAACACGUCCAAGGCUGCUGCCGGGAAAGAGGGGCUCAGCAAGGACAUCGCCAUGUUCGGGCUCGCCAGUGGCAGCGCUGCCGUCCUCCAGAGAGCGGGCAGUGUGGCGGCGUUCGGCCAGCCGCACAACAUCUGGCGGCCGCAGCGAGGGCUCCCAGAGCGUGCUGUCUCUGUGCUCCGCUCUUGGCUGUUUGAGCACUUCCUGCAUCCAUAUCCUACUGAUGGUGACAAGCAAAUGCUAGCUAAACAGACAGGCUUAACGCGGAACCAGGUAUCGAAUUGGUUCAUCAAUGCAAGAGUCCGGCUAUGGAAACCGAUGGUGGAAGAAAUCCACAACCUUGAGAUGAGGCAGGUCCAAAAGCAUCCAGCCCUUGACAAGAGCCAGCUCUCCAUGCAUCACCAGACCCAGCAUUCGUCUGAGAGCAGCAGGAAGCCCUCAGAUCCUUCUGACUCCCAGCUCGGCCAAAGCAGCAGCAUCACUCGGAAUCACGGCAUCCCUACCUCUCAGGGCUUCCCGGAUGAGCUCUCCCAGAUGUCCCACUCCAUCCAGCAGGGGCAGGUCACCUUCGCAUACAACGGGCUGUCGACACCGCAGCAUCAGCACAGCCUCGCGUCGUCACAGCAUCACCAGCAGGUUGGAUCAAUGAGCGGCAUCGGCGGGGCGGGGAAUGGUGGUGUGUCCCUCACCCUUGGACUCCACCAGAACAACAGGGUUUGCAUCGCCGAGCCACUCCCAGCAUCCCUCCCGCCCAACCUUGCCCACCGUUUCGGCCUGGAGGAGGUUAGCGACGCCUACGUGAUGGGCUCGUUUGGAGGUCAGGACCGGCAUUUUGGCAAGGCGAUCGGUGGCCAUUUGUUGCAUGAUUUUGUUGGCUGAUAUGGCUGCUAGUGCGAUUGGUGCUCCUGCAUCUGUCAGUUUUCUGAUGGGGCAUAACCUUGUAUUGUACCACUACUAGUAUGUUAGAAUGGUAUAUAAGUGGAUCACUUGGUGGCUUUGGCUUGAUCACUUUGAAUCGAUUUCUUUGGAGGGUGGAGAAAAAAAACCCGUUGCUGACUUGUCAGCCCUUCUUGUAGAUCCAGGUGUGUUGCCAAAUAUUUGACUUGCUGGGCUAAUAGAGAGCAUGAGAAUACAUUCACUAGUCCCCAAUACGUGUUUGCUCGGAUAUGAGAUUUGAUAUAUGGUGUUGUUUCAAAAAAGAUUCAAUAUAUGGUGAGACAUUGUUCCUC